AUGAAGUUGCGGACCAAGCGAGCGUGCAGCACUACAGGAGUGUUUCCAACAGAUACCGUAUCGAAAAGACGCAAAACACUUGACGACGUCCAACAAAGAGAGGGAGAUGAUAAGUUGCCUGCAGUACAGUCAGCAUUAAAGCUCCAUGCGAUACGUCAACCAUACGAUGUCGCUACUGACCACGCUGUUCCGAUGAUCCAACAAGAUUCCGAACUGUUGGUUAAAGUGCAAGCAGUAGGACUUAACCCAAUCGACUGGAAGGCGCCUGACUACAACUUCGGUAUCCCUACCUUACCAUACAUAUCCGGCCGCGAAUAUGCUGGUACAGUAGUCCAAGUCCCUUCCACCUCGUCACCAUCUCGCCCUAUCAAAGUCGGAGACCUCGUCCUCAUCCCCUCAACAGACUACCGCGACCUACGCAAAGCUGCAUUUCAAGAAUACAGCGUCGCAUCCUCUUUCAACACUAUCCGUCUUCCUCCAGCCAUAUCUCUCAACUCAGGCAGUAUACUAGGCGUAGCCUUUGUAUCCGCCGCUCUCACACUAGGCAUAUGCAUGGGCCUCGACUUUUCCGUUAUAGAAUCCGGACCUGAUCUUCUCAAUAUUGUACGCAACCUCGAUCCCAGUAGUCUUCCAACUGAUAUACAACAAGAGUGUCUGCACGGCAUUAAUCUGAAAGAACGUGUUGGGGCUGGAGACUACCUAGUUAUCUGGGGCGCAAGCUCAGUCUGUGCGAACAUCACGACGCAAAUAGCGCGUCUUGCAGGUAUCAAGAUCAUCUCGGUCGUCGAUGCAGCGAAACAUGGGUCUAGGCUGUCUUUGACCAAAGCCAUCGUACCAGAUCUAGUUGUCGACUCAUACGACCCACAAAGAGCGAUUCAAGUCAUCAAGGCAAACACUGGCAAAGGAGGCGCACGUUUUGGAUUCGAUACCAUGGGCAAGGACACAGCGAGGCAUUUGCUCGACGCUCUUGCAACACCUGCACCACAAUCGCCACCAUCGUCUCUUGCAGAGGUGGAAUCAACAAAGGGUAUAAAAGCUUCUGAGCGACGGGAUAGCAAACUACCCACCCCUCCAUCCACACCCUUUGAUGCUUCUUCCGCAGGCCAGAAAUCUCAUCUCGUGGGUUUGACUGGUCUGCCGAAAGGGGAUGCACCAAAAGGAGUCGUGCUGCAUAGCGUUCCUAUCAAGCUAUAUCACGAGGUUCCGCAAGUGGGUGAAGCGCUCAGUGCGUGGUGUGAGCGGUUACUAGCCAAGGGCUUGUUGGUACCACCGGAUGUUGUGGAUACGGUUGAUGGGUUGGAAGGCAUCAACGCGGGUCUUGAUCGAAUGAGGAGGAGGGAGGUCAGCGGAGGGCGAUUGGUCGCUGUGCUAAAGUGA